AUGUCGCAUACCGUCGACGAUGCUCAAUCCGUGGCCGAAAGCCUACCGGAUGCCUCCGUUGGCGCCCCUGCGAAGCAGUCCUACCGGUCGUUCAAGAAGAAGUUUGCCAAGCUGAAGGUCAAGUUCGAGCUUCAGAUGAGAGAAAGCGAAUCACUCAUCCGCGAAGGAUUGCGCAUCGAGGAUCUCUCAAAGAGGAUCCAAGCACAGAACGAUCAACUUCUAGAAGUUCUUCUAGAGUUCAAUGACAGCCUCCAUGUCUCCCCCAGUCUACGAUACGAUCUCAGUGCGCCGGAAGACGAUUCCUUCCUACCGCCUCCCGAACGAGACAUUCCCAAAUCCUACAGUGAUCCCGACGUGGCCAGCUCUGUCCUGCAAGACGCCAGAGGAAGAUUGACUGCAGGCCGAAUGUCAAGCGAGGCUUAUCGUGAGGUGGAGGAUGAUGUUAAGCGAGGACAGGCUUUUGCACCGCAGAUGCAGUACACCUCAUUAACGAAAUUUCCCCAUUCUGGGCCUCUGCAGCCGGAGGACCCUGACGCUUACAACCCUGCACAGGAACUUGGGUUCCUGACUCCGGAAUACGAGACCGAGUAUUGCCUGGCUCUGGACGCUAAGUUGGGCGACGAAGAGGCGCUUGACCAGCUUGUUUGCAUUGCCAGAAAGCCAUCACUAGCCGAACGCGAGAGAGACGCUGCUCUUCGGAGCCACGUUUCGGUGCACAACUGGCUACGUCAAAACCAACCGCAGAUCUUCUUACAGGAUAACGAAAACGCCUCGGAGAAGUCGGGUUCUCGACCCUCCAAUCUACGCGCAUCCAAGAGGGCGCCGGCUCCAUCGCGCAAAGAUGAGGACACAUAUGAUGAUGACAGCAUCUUAGAGACCGCGUCAACUUCGGGAGGUACGAAAGGCAAACGCAAGCGCGACGAAGACACCGGUUACCGGCCCAAGGGUGGUAGUAGUCGCUCGAACCGGAAGAAGAAGGAUGAUGAGAACGCCAACCCCAAGCGACCCCCAAAGAGAUCUUCGGGAGCGGCGGAUGUCGACGUUCCCUACCCCGAGUCCGACGUCGAUUCGAUGUCCGUGGAUUCAGACGGAGGAGUAGAUCUGGCAGCGGGAGACGCAUCAAGACCUAGCAAACGGCCUCGUUUAGUGGAGGGGACGAAUAUUGGCGCUGGAGUCCUUACGCCCGGCGAGGUGGUCACGGAUGAUCCGCAAUGGAUGAGAGGCCAUGGCACAUACACGAACCCCCUAUCGACCUCCAUCAUCGCCACCGUCGCCGGUACGGUUCAGAAGACCAACAAAUUGCUAUCCGUUCAGCCUCUGCGCGCCCGUUAUACGCCCGAGAUCGGUGAUUUGGUGGUUGGGCGCAUUGUCGAGGUGCAGUCUCGACGAUGGAAGGUCGAUGUCGCCGCCCCCCUUCUCGCACAGCUUCCUCUUUCCGCUAUCAAUCUGCCCGGUGGUAUCCUGCGUCGACGAACAAGCGCCGAUGAGCUACAAAUCCGGACCUUCUUUAGUGAGGGUGACUUGGUCGUCGCCGAAGUCCAGACUGUACAUUCCGACGGAGGCGCAUCGCUGCAUACACGGUCAUUGAAGUACGGAAAGCUGAGGAACGGUGUUUUCCUUGCUGUGACAGGUACGGGUGGAAGUGGUGCGUCUAGCUCGUCCGUUAAAGGCUCAGUCGGGGCCGGGUCUACAUCGGCGGGAGCAGGCGGCGCCACCGGAGUUGGUGGAGUGGUUCGGUCUCGGAGACAGGUGUGGACGAUCAAUACUGCCAACGGAGGUGGGGAAGUGGAUGUGAUUCUUGGUGUCAACGGUUACAUCUGGAUUUCUAAGCACACGGACGGCGCGGCCGCUGCAUCGUCGACGACGGAGAAUGUGUCUAUCACCCGCAUGGAGGAGAUGGUGUCGAGCUCUAUCUACUCGAGCCAGAAUGAUGAGAUCCCGCCACAAACACGUCGGGAGAUUGCCCGCCUAGCGCAGUGCAUUCGGGUACUAGUCAACGGGGGAGUGCGAGUUGACGAGGAAACGGUGAUGGGGGCAUAUGAGGCCAGUUUGCAGGUGGACUUGGAAGUUGGGGACGAGGAGGAUGAGGAGGAUCGGGGUAAAGAAGGAAGAGAAUAUCUGGAGGGUGGCAAGGCUCGCCGGAUUUUGGACCUGGUACUGCAACAGAUGUAG